CGAACGAAUGCAGCCGCCGCCGCCGCCGCAGAAAAGAAUGCAAAUUUUCCGUGUACGUACACGGAAAGUUUCGCUUUUAAUACACCAACACUGAUUGGUGUGCGCGCGUGUGUUGCGUGCGAGAGCGCGAUGGGCGCUGGUUCCGCCUGGUGCAUGACGGCCGUCGCGUCGGGCUGCGGCUGGUCAGUGCAACGCGAACGGGAUGUGUGCUUGCUGGGAUUGCAAAUCGUUUCGCUUUUUGCUGCGAUUUUCGUCUCUCUUGGUGUUGGUGGAAGAGAGGAUUCUCAUUGUUCGUUCGGCGGCGGCUCUCUCGGGCUGCCGUCGGGCGGCUCUCGCGCAACCAACUACCGUGUGCUGCUGACGACUGCUUUGGAAAAGUAGAGGAAGGUCGGAGUACAGAGCUGUCAUUUCUUGUAUCGUUUCGUCAUUCCGCUUCGAGAACGGACCGCGUGAAUACGCGUUUUGUUUUAUAUCGUUGUUCAAAACGAUUUUUAUACAAUAUUUUCCUCUUUAGUUGUUUGAAGAAAAAAGAGAACCUCGGGACAAAUUUUGUCACGGUAACCGAAGAACAGUGCUAGAACCGUGACUUCGCGAGCUGUCGCAGUUCUGAAAAGAAUUUCCCAUUCGUGUUUUUGUUUUUUCCUUGAAUCUUGUGUUUUCGUUCAGGUGCAACUAGAAUCAAUCCUAACCAAGUGACCAAACCUCGUCCAAAUCAGAACGGACCGAAGAAGAAAAUCAGUGGUUUCCCUAAGCAAACACAGAAAGCUACAAAAGAGUCUACCUCAGAAAAUAUUAAUCAGAAACAACAGUGUUUUUACCAAACCAAACCAAAUUCUCGUAAUCAAUACCCCCCGAAUGUUGUGGAAGAAAAUCGAAUUUUCCCCGCGCACUUGACGUCCACGACGGGUGUUCUCGGUAUCAUAUGACUCUGCUGCUGAAGCGGCUUGUUGAAGUGAUCAGACAGACAUCGGGCAGACGUUGAGUUGCCAUCCAAACCGCCCCAUCCCAGUCAGGCGGCGUGGAGGUGUGGGACUCUCAAGAACACAGUGAAAAGUGAAAUUUUCCUCUGCCUUUGCCAACCCCGAGAGUUGGUUGGCCCAAGAGGCGCACGCAGACACAGACAGAAGCCCGUGAGAGCCGCGACCGAACCGAAAGUGAAAAGGACGACGUCGGAUUCUGUCGGUGUCCUUAGCGCGAACUCGCCGCCGCCGAACCCAAGUUGAAAGUGAAAACUCUGGAAAAUCGGGUGGACGGGCGUGAAGCCUUUGGCAGUCCGGUGUCAGUGCACAAGUGAAUCCUAGUUCCGUCUCGCCGUACCACACGGCAGACGAUAUAAGUGUGAGGUUGAAGAGCAAAAAAAAAACAAAAAAGUGUAAAAGGAUUAUCAUCGUCCUUUUUGGGGCGAGUGUUGGGCGGGCGGCCUAUUUUUGGGGGCGGCCGCGUGUGCGUGUGCGAACGAACGAAUGUUUUGUGUGUCCGCCGGCAAAACCGGAAGAACGGUGAAAAAAUUAUGAUGAAUGGACACACUUUCCGGUCCGCAAGUGAAGCAGCAAAAAGUGUGUCUCCAUGACUCAGGGAUUGUGGAAACAGCCAUACAGUAGUAGUCCACGGAAAAUCGAAAUGACACAACCAGAAAGUGCUGCCGUAGCUCCGACUCGUCAAUACAAUAAUUACUGAACGUGCUAACGAGGCGCAACCAGAAAGGUGUGAACGCGGCAAAUGAAGCAAAGUGGUGCCCACCAAAAUGCUCCACUUAAUUGCAAGUUUAUCGACUUGACAUAAUAAAGAAAAACAGCGGAGUAUAAUUAAAGUUAUGUAGGAAAAUGAACACCGUAUCAAUAAUCGACCCCAUAGUAGAAUCAUUAUCUCUAGCCAAUAGUGUUUGUAGUUAAGCAAGAAGAAUGUUGUAGCCAAUUAUUAAACAGAGCCUCUACUAGUGAAAAUUUAUCUGUUGUAACACAAAAGUUUGUUGAAAACAAUAGUGCAAAGUGUCAGUUCAAAAACACAAAACCAGAAAAAUAGACCUAUUUACAAAAAAAACGUAUAAAAUCCAAUAGAACAAGGCAAGCAGUGAGCAACCAGUGCUGCCAUCAGCAAUGAUGAUGCUGCAGCAUAUGUCACCCCAUUUUGGGGGUGGCCAGCAACCGGCCGCGGACCACGGUCCCGGAUCGUCGCCACGAUCCACAACUCCUUCACCAUCAGCGCAGAGUCCUUCGCCAUCGCCACCGAUCCAUCAGACACAUCUUCCCGUCGAACGAGAAUACCCGAUCGAAGAACAUCCAUCAUCCCGAAUCAUGUACCGUCGACCAUCUUUCCACAGCGAAGAUCUGCCACACUACAAACGGGAACCCCGCUCUCGACCAAGCACUCCACCAGCAACCUACAUCGGACAUCACGAUCGCGAAGCCUCGCCCGAAGUGGCCGACUCCUACUACCGACCACGCUCGCAGACGCCUCCCAUCACUCCUACGCACCAUCAGCAUCACCGAAUCACGUCAGUAAUCCAGGAACGGAGCAUAAUCCGAUGCAUCAAAGAAGAACGCCCUCUGCGUCGGGCGUCGAUCGAAGAAGAUCAACAACAGGUGGCAUCUCAGUAUUAUCGCGAUCACCACGCCCUUCGCUAUGAGUCGCACCGCGACGCCGACGAAGACGAAUACGAUCGGGAACGGCACCACUACCUGCGCCGACCCCCUACGCAGUACGACGACGAAGCCCCGGAAGAGGAUCGUCACCAUCACUACAGCAGUAGCUACCACCGGCGGAGGCUCUCGGGACGGCGCGACAGCCGCCACAACGACCCCGAUUCGGACUACAGCGGCGACAGUCAGGCUGGUGGCGCCGCCAGUGGCGAUACCGACCACUACCCCAAAUCGGAAGAUGAAGACUGCGGCGGCGGCGGCGACGGUGACCGGGACGAUGACCCGGACAGGCCGCUCGAUCUGUCGAUGAAGAUCAAGCAACGGGCGCGGAAGGACUCUGGCGGCAGCGAAUCGGACGACUCGGCGGGACCGGACUCCGACGGAGUGCACCGGGACCGGCAGGGGCGUGCGUACAAGAAAAGUCUGAUGAAGCGAUACCUGGAUACCGAGAUACCACUACCGCCUCAGACGCCAAGCCCGCCACCUCAGCAACGAUCUUCGUCACAAUCCCACAACCUCCUUCACCACGGCAGCAGUCAUCACCAGCAAACGUCCAGCAGUCUGCUCGUCAGUAGUCUCAGCCAAUCGUCCCAACAGUACAGGCCUCUCCUGCAUGGACUACUCAGCGGAACGCACAUAUCUCAACCGCCCUACCACAGUAGGGGCUACAGCACGUCCAGCACAGGCGGUACAGGCACCGAAGUGGACGAUGACGGUUUCCUGGAAAACAUCCUCCAUCUGCAUUCGAUGGAGAAACUGAAAAAAUCGCAUCGCUUCCUCAGCCUGACAAGCUCACUACCUCCAAGUCCCGCCGACAGUGGUGUUUCGGAUGUCGAUAGCUCCAGUAGCGGCGGGCAACCGGCCUGCAGCGACGAACUCAAAGCCCGCCUUGGAAUUCCACUCACCAACGGCGGCGGCGCUGGCAGUGGCAACGGCAGCAGUAAUAAUCCCGCCAAUUCCGGCUGCGGUACAGUGUUACCACCGGGAAGCGCAGGAGGCGAUGGGGGACUACCAUCGCUCAACACCUCGUCCUCACCUACGUCCGGUCCCUCGUCCCUGUCCUCAUCGGUGGCUCUCUCGGCGGCGGCAGCAGCAGCGGCGGCCGCUACCCAGCAGCAUCUACAGCAGCAAGCACAAGCCCACUUACCGCCGGGAACGUUCCUGCGGCCCAACUUCUACCAUCACAACUCUCCACCACUCAGGAAUAUCUGGAACCAGCGGAGCGUACCACUGUCCGACAACUAUCACUACCUGCACACGAUGAACGCGGCGGCGGCGGCCGGCUAUCCGUCGUCCCAUUUCUCCUCGCCGGCCCCGUCGCAGCGGGUACAACCGCUCUCGUCGGCCGCCGGCAACGGAGCAGGCCUCAGCGUCAUGAGCCAACAUCACCUGCAUCCGCACCACCCGCAUCCGGGCCAGCAUCCGGGGGCACACGUAGGGAACGCCAUGGCCAACGGGCUGGUGAACGGCCUGCAUCACCACUCGCAGAACGUUUCGUCCAGCUGUCCGGACGAGCUGUCCUACAUGCUGGAGCUGGGCGGAUUCCCGCCGCGGAAGCUGAAGAAACCCAAGAAGCCCAAGCUGGAGAUGGGCGUCAAGCGCAAGUCCCGCGAGGGCUCCACCACCUACCUGUGGGAGUUCCUGCUCAAGCUGCUGCAGGACCGCGAGUACUGCCCCCGGUUCAUCAAGUGGACCAACCGGGAGAAGGGUGUCUUCAAGCUGGUCGACUCGAAGGCCGUGUCCAAGCUGUGGGGCAUGCACAAGAACAAACCGGACAUGAACUACGAGACGAUGGGCCGGGCGCUGCGGUACUACUACCAGCGGGGCAUCCUGGCCAAAGUCGACGGCCAACGGUUGGUGUACCAGUUUGUCGACGUACCGAAGGAUAUUAUCGAGAUCGACUGCUCGGCGACAUAGAACAGGUACGAGAAGCGACCGGCCGCGGCGACCCGGUCGUUUCUGGAACGAUAAGCAAGUAAAAACGUGUUCAUACAUACACAAACAACUACAACAUAAAAUGACACUAGUCCGGUUUCCGCGGGCUGUUGCCCGUGUUGGGGCAACAGUCCCCCCACGCCCCCUCCCAUCGCGGUCUGGCUUCGAGAUGUUGAAGCAAUGACAAAGCGUGGGAAAAUCUACUACUUCCCCCGAAAGUUUUUGUUUUACGCUCCCCCCUUCGUGUACAUAAGGAUCUUCUGUUCUUUUUUUUCGGUUUUUAUUGCGAUAUUUAUUUUUAACAAACGAUCUUCUCUUUAGUUAAGUGUAAACAUUCUCUGUAUCAUAUUAGACCAGGUAGCCGUGUGUAUAAAGUUAUUUUGUUCCCCACUUUUGUAAAUUAUAAUUUAUUUAAGUUAUGUGAAGAAGGAAAACAAGGAAAAUGAGAAUCAGAAUCAUCUCCCUCGGCAGCGCAGAAGACGAGCAAGAGGGAAGUACUAGAUUAGGAAAUGGAAAAUGGUUUGAAAUCGCAAGAAAAAGACAAUAAAAGGGGAUUAUUUUCUUGAUUGCCGGACAAAUUGAGGUCAGAUGGUGUUGGAAUUUGAUGAGAGCUUAGCGGAAAUUCAGACAGGCAUAUUUAGCGAUUAACUUUUAAGAAUUAUAACCUUCAUGGUAAAGCAAAAUGUAAACCUUUUUUCAAAAGUUUCAAAGAAUAGAUUCAGUUAAAUCACUUCAAAUUUUCAGGGAAUAAAACAAAUUAAUCGUAUGUUUUCUGUUAAACGGAAAAAAGUGAGACCCUUUGACCUAUUAAGUCCGGCAAUAAAGAAAAAAACCCUAUAAAAGAAAACGAAAAAUAGCUAUAGAAAAGGACCACCUUCCGCUUUGUUUUGUUUGUUUUUUAAUGAUUGAUGAUUUUUUAUGACAAAUGAUAAAAAAAAGUUGAAAUUCAUUUCGGUUUGCAACCGCUCGCUUCAGCCGAAAACAAAAACAAAAAAAAUACACAAGAAACAAAAACGAGAGAAGUACAAAUCAAACACAAACAAAUCAAAUCAAAUUAUACACAUACAUACAAGGCAAAGUGCAAAGUUUGCUAAACAACCGUCAACCUCGCGCUGGCAGUACUAGAUUAUCACUAGAAAAAAAAGCGAAGCGACUCAACGAGCGGUUCUCUCCUCUGUCAGUCGGUCCGUCUCCAUGGAGUCGGUGCUGUCGACGACGAGAAUCUAGUACCUCAGUAGUGAGCGAUACUUUUUUUGUGCGUGCGUGUAUUCUAUUAAGGCGAGUGUAUACAUAUAUGUAAAUGGUUAAAGCGAGAUAGUGUUUUUUUUUUAAAUAAGUUUGUUUUAUUAUUUAAGAGGAACAUAUUUCCCGGCUAAGUUAAGGACAGGACGCAGCAGCAACUGUACUACUGAGGAUGUAAAUUUUCGUGUAAAUUUUUUGUACUAAAUUUUAAGAGCUAGGUUUUAGGUUAUGUUUUUUUUUAAUGAGCUGCUACAUGCAAUCAGCUGUAUAAUCAAGUGUAAAAAUUUAUCUUAUUUUUAAGCAAAAGUAUUUCGUGUUAUUUAAGAGGUUCGCUUUCUUUCGUAAACCUUCUUUUUCUAUUGUUAGACGGUAAAAAUGCUAUUUUAUUUCUCUUUUUAAAUCUAGACUACCUACUUUUUUUAUUAUAAACGAGAACUACUCACUGCCCUUCCCGUGUCGUAAGUGCUGUUUUAGUUUUACCGAUUUGUGUUUUCAAAUACUUUUACCGCGUAAGCCUUCGUUCUUGUGUAAAAAAAUGUAAGAAAGAGGAAUGUUUGUCCAAACGACAAGGUGAUAUAAAGGAAAAACGGAAAAUCAAAAAGAGCUAGGAAAGAAGCAGAAUCGUACCGCAAAUGAAGACACUCACACACUACUCACUCAUACAAAGCGAAACACACACUCACAAACACACAUACACGACCACACAAAAUCGACAAGAAUUUUGAAAGAGAAUAAAGGAAGUUUCUUUAAAAUCUUGAUCUCAUUAAUUUAUUGUUUAUUGAUGCAAGCAAAAUCUAUUUUUGAAGCGGAAAAUUGUAUGGUUUUCUCCCAUUAAGUGUAAAUAUGCUUGGACAUUGAAUUUUUAAUAUGAUUUUUACAUUGUUUACGUGUUACCUAAUGUGAUCCAUGGGAUUGGGUGGAUGAACCAAGCGAAAGGAAGUACUAGAUUCGAUCAAUCGCCUUUUAGUAGAAUGAAUUACUGCUUACCAAUUGAAUCCACUGCCAUCUACAUGUCAAAACAGAAUAAAGCGAAAUGAGAGUGAAGAAAUCCGACAAAUUGGGUGCAUUAAAUCAACUAGUUUAGUCCAAAUUCAUUGAACCAUUGUGCUAGUACAAAAAAAAUCUCGCCACCAUAUCGAAUCUAGUACUUCCCCGAUGCACUACCCCCCAUUCCUUCAAACAAAUUCGACCACGCAUGUAUUUCUCGUGCUACAGUAAGCUUCCCUUCCCUGGGAAGCUGCAAAAUUCCACCACCGCACAUCAACACCCGAGCGCCCCCCUUCCCUCUCGACUGCCUGUUCCCUCUUUGGAUUUAGAAUGAAAUAAACGCGAUGAAACAAGGACAAGAAAGCAAACAUCAAAACAACAAACCACAAACAGCUGCAAUCUUCUUUAGUUUUCAAGUGUAAAAUGAUAAAGCAAAUAGAUUAAAUAUUAAACUAUAGAACAGUGUAAACAAAUGUGCAAUGAACCAAACUCCCGGUGGCGGCGCAAGCGGUAAAAGCUCCGCUCGCAGAAACGCGGACGCCCUAACCGUGUGCCGUAUCCAACGUUCUGUCCCCGACUGUUCUCCGAACAGGAACGGGCGAAGUACUAGCUUUUCAGAAAAUCGCGCAAUCACUCGUAACAAAUGUGUAGCUCUACAAUGUCGAUGAAACAAAAAUUCUGAACAACUGGGAGAGUCCAAAAGUAAAAACACAAUGAAAUGAAUUUCAAAACGUUGCGGUAGAAGAUUUUUUCACUGGGCAAACGAAAAACAAAAAAAAAGAGAACUAAAAACCGAUGAACAGAAGCGAAGAGAAAAGGUAAAAAGGCGAAACAUAAGAAAAAAAGAAAGGAAGAAAGAGAGAGAGAAACACAGAUAGACAGACGGACAGACACACACAGCUCUAGAAAUCAUUUGUUAUGUGUAUUAUACUUUAAAUGUUGCAAAUUUUAUAUAUAAAAUUUAUAAAUCUAGGAAAAAAACGAAAAUAAAAAUCAUAUAAUUUAAUUUGAAAAA